AGACUCGUGAUAGACUCUGAUUUGGGGUUUUAUUUCAGGGACAGACGGUGAACUUGUGCUCGUGGGAUUAGUGAGAGUGUGUGUGUGAGUGUGUGUGAGUGUGUGUGUUUGAGCCGCGAUGUGGAGCAGGAACUCUAUGGAGGUGAGAAACAGCUGGCAGGUUGAAGACUGACAGUGUGUGUGUUUCAGGCUUCGUCAGAAAAAACAUCUUCUAUUCCUUGAGAAGACCUCCACCCUCGGACAUCAUGUCGACCCAGGACGCGAGCGAGAACACCCCCCUGUUAGACAGCACGGGGUCGCACUACAGACCCGAGUCGAUUUUCUACGGGCGGCGUCUGGCCUGCGCCGCCAUCCUGCUGGCCGAGUCUCUGGAGCGCGUGGCGUUUUACGGCAUCACCUCCAACCUGGUGCUGUUCCUCAACAGCAGCCCCUUCUACUGGGACGGCGCGUACGCCAGCCAGGGGCCGCUCAUCUUCAUGGGCGUCACGUAUCUGGUGUCCCCUUUCGGCGGCUGGUUGGCCGACGCCUGCAUCGGGAAGUUCUGGACCAUCGCCGGGAGUUUCGUCUUGUAUUUAGUGGGCAUGCUGCUGUUCCCGUUCAUCUCCAGCGAUAACACGCGGGUGCAGCUGUGCGGAGAGGAGAUGGCGUUUCCUGUCCAGCCGGCCGAGUGCUACAGCGCGAACGAGACGCUUCCUGCCAACGUGAGCUGCCCGACCCGGAGCCCCUACUGCAGUCCUAUGAUCUACACGGGCCUGGUGCUGGUGGCGCUGGGCGUAGGGGCGGUGAAGUCUAACAUCACGCCGUUCGGGGCAGAUCAGGUGAAGGAUCGUGGUCCUGAAGCGACACGCCGUUUCUUUAACUGGUUUUACUGGUGCAUUAAUCUGGGAGCUAUUGUGUCUUUGGGUGGCGUUGCGUACAUCCAGCAGAAUCUGAGCUUCUCCGUGGGGUUCACCAUCCCCACCAUUUGUCUUGGGAUCUCUCUAAUCGUCUUCCUUCUGGGACGCACCGUCUUCGUCACCAAACCUCCAGAUGGCAGCGCAUUCACACACUUGGUGAAAAUCCUGUGGUCGGCCUUCUGUGGAGGACCUCCAGACCCUCACCUGCUCAGGCCCAAGCCGACUUUGCUGGACGGAGCGAAGGUGACCUACGGAGGGAGAUUCUCCGAAGAGAAAGUAGAGGAAGUGAAAUCACUGCUGAAAAUCCUGCCGGUGUUUUUCGCCCUCAUCCCUUACUGGACCGUCUACUUCCAGAUGCAGACGACGUAUUACCUGCAGAGUCUCCACCUGCACAUCCCCGGUACAGAGGCACAGAACUCCACAGAUCUCCAGCAGACGCGCUUCGUGCUCCCGGCGGCCUGGCUGACGAUGGUGGACGCGGUGUUGAUCCUGAUGCUGAUUCCUCUGAAGGAUAAAGUUGUGGAUCCGAUGCUGAAGCGGCGAGGCCUGCUGCCGUCCUCACUCAAGAGGAUCGCCGUCGGGAUGUUCUUCGUCAUGUGCUCGGCCGUCGCUGCUGGUAUCUUGGAAACAAAGAGGUUGGAGAUCGUUCACAAUCAGCAGCCUAUCAAUCAGGACCUCGGCGGCGUGACGUAUUACGCAGCCAACCUGCCGAUAUGGUGGCAGAUUCCUCAGUACGUCCUCAUCGGCAUCAGCGAGAUCUUCGCCAGCAUCGCAGGUUUGGAGUUUGCGUACUCGGCGGCUCCUCGCUCCAUGCAGAGCGCUAUAAUGGGUCUGUUCUUCUUCUUCUCUGGUGUCGGCUCGUUCGUGGGCUCCGGCCUCCUCGCCAUCGUCUCCCUCCAACCCAUCGGCUGGAUGUCUUCACACAAGGACUUCGGAAACAUCAACAACUGCACGCUGAACUACUACUUCUUCCUCCUGGCUGGGAUCCAAGGCGUCACACUCCUCCUCUUCCUCAUCGUCUCGCUCAAGUACGAUAAGAACAAAACCAACCUGAACCGCAGGUCCUCAUACAGCUCCUGAUCCACUCAUACACACACACACACACUGCGGAUUUCCCAGCAUGCAUCUCAGCAGGAGCCCGUGCCACACCCAACACCUGCACUUAUUUAUAUAUUUAACACUUGUCUCCUCGAGCGUCUCCCGAUCAGAAUCACGUCCCACCGUCUCCGAGUUUCUGAGUUUGAGCUCCAGCUCUCACAUCUUUAUCUUCCUCCUCCUCCUCCUCUUCCUCCCGGUCCUCACGUUUCUGUCUUCAGUCACGGGAUUAACAUCAGGACGAGACUCGCCCCGCGGCCGCGUGUCAGGACGGCGAGACGGCUCGGACACCCGCUCCUAAUGAGAGAGAACGUUAACGUGCUCCAGCAGCUUCUCCUCCACGAUUCCACUGAAUCAGACGUCACUUCAUCUCACACUCCCGUAUAAUACCUGUAGUCUGGAUUUGUACCUUCGUAUUCAAUACAAUUCUGUAAAUAUGGAGUGAUGUGACAGCGAUUGUUUUUUUUUUUUUCUCCUAAAUAUCGUAGCUUGUUGUUGCAUUAUUCGUUACGAGGCAAAAAAUGUGUCAGUUUACAGAGAGCCUGUAGAACCUUCGCCAGGAGAGACGAAUAGGAAUAUGGCGGGAUCGAAAGUAAUGGAAAAGUGGGUGGAGCCUUUUUAUUGACUGCACCUGUUACAUUUAGAAUAACUCUUCCUCUAACGUGGUCUCCACAUCACAAACCAAAGACAAACCGCACAGCAGGAGAACAUCGACCGGAUCCCAGAGACGAGGUUCAGUAGUGUGUUUGUCUACAGAAAUGUGGAAAUUUAAAUUCAAACAAGACGGGAUGCUGGCACAGGGGGGUGCAAACUUUUGCUCAGAAAUUCCGUUCAAGCCUAGCACUUGAAUUAAAUCCUCUUCCACAACGUGAUGAUGAUGAUGAUGAUGAUGACCGCGGGCUUCGUUCCAAGACCUGACUCCACUUUUGUUUUUUUUCAAAAGCGUGCAAAAUAUGGACUUGAUGCUGUUUUUCAGUUUAAUGAGGUGGAGGGUUGGGUUUGUGAAAUACUUGGUCUCAGUCCCUGUUUGACUCGAACAUCCCUCGUCUGUAUGAGGGCUGUUCGAGUCAAACCAGGACUGUGUUUUCCUUUAGAUUUAUUCUUUUGUCGGUUUGUUUUUCAGUAGUAUAUUCUUAUUAAAAUCAUCCAAAAAUGCUGCCUUUUAGCCACUAGUAGGAAAGUUCAGAUAUCACACACACACACACACACACACACACACACACACGUCUUUCACACUUUUUUCCCACUUAAACAUUUACAGUUUAUCCUUCAGAGCUCAUCGUGACAUGACCCGCCUUCUGAGCUCCUGACCAAUCAGAACUAGACGAGAAAAAACAAACAUGAUGAUCAGAAAGUCUUUAUUGGCUGAUAUUCAAGCAUUAAAAUAACAUGUCACAUGACAUGACGUCUCACUUAAAAUCUAUAUACACUGCAUAUUCAUACGCUCGGAAAAAAAAAAAAAAAGUCACACUCCUGGUCAGCAGAGCUUCACUGACCUGAGGUGAACUGGUGCGCUGGUGGGUCGUCCUGAACUUCGUGUGUUCGUGACCGAUUGUGCUGUUGCUUUAGAUUAACGCUGCGUUCACGUGUUGAGUGAGAGUGACGUCUCGAACGUGCUUUAGUUUGCGGGUGUUUAAUAAUCAGGCUUUGUAUCUGCACUGUGAGUGUUGGUGUGUUUCUAGCUGGAGUUUAUACUAAAGUUGUAAAAAACUGGAAGAAGUUUCUAGGAAUCUCAAAUCGUGGACACUCUGUGGUUUUUUGGUUUUUAAUAAAGGUUUGUUUGUUACUCUUUUUGCACUUUUAUAAUGCAUUUUAGGAAUUUCGUGCCUGUUUUUUUUAUUGUACUUUAUACUUGAUUUCUGCCGUGUGACUGACAUGAGCUUCUCUGAUCUCUGAUGAUGAUGAUGA